AUGGGCGUCGUCAAUGGCGAUCUCAACUACUUCACGUGCACGUUGGGGCAGGCUGCACAAAGGAAAGACGAGAACCCAGCGUCCCGUUCCUUUCGAACGGUGAUUGAACUGGUGGACCUACAGGCUCGAGACUUCCCUCACAGUCCUGCUCUCGGUUUCGCCGACUUCCAAUCGCAACCAGCGUCCACCGCUACAUCGCCUCAGUUGGAGCCGUUAGCCAUCGACCACCUCUGUGAGGCAACGGGAGCCAAUGCCAUAUUUAGCGAUGAAAGGCAUCUCCAGAGGCUGUUAUCUCUAGACAGCUACCAAACCUUCAGCAUCCCUUUUUAUGGGAACAGUACCGCCAAGGAAGCGCUGGAAACUAUCGAGGGGAGCCACGGGAUCUCCGAAAUCGCCUAUUACGUACACACUUCCGGUACCUCGUCAGGACUUCCUAAGCCAAUCCCUCAAACACACCAAGGCGUCGUUGGCGUUGUCCCACGCCUCCCAGGAUACGACAAACCGGCCACGUUUACGACCACGCCGCUUUACCAUGGCGGCUUAGCCGACUGCUUCCGGGCCUGGGCGAGCGGCGCGGCCGUUUGGUUCUUCCCCGAGGGGGUCCUCCCCAUCACCAGGGCAAACCUGCUGAACGCAAUCCGGUUCGCGGGAGAGCAAAGCACCGUGCCUGUUCGGUACUUUACGUCGGUGCCGUACAUUCUCCAAAUGAUGGCUGAGGCGGAUGAGGGGGUGCAGCUUCUCCGGACGAUGGACUUAGUCGGGGUCGGGGGUGCCGCUCUUCCGGCAGCAGUGGGCGACAAACUAGUGCAAGCGGGUGUCAACCUCGUGUCGCGCCUGGGGAGCGCUGAGUGUGGGUUUCUCGCGUCUUCGCACCGAAAGUACGCUGAGGACAAAGAGUGGCAAUACCUGCGGCUGCCCAUCACUGACACAGCCAUGCUCACCUUUGAACCGCGCGAGGGCAGGCUGUCUGAGCUCGUCGCCCAACCAUGCUGGCCAUUUCUAGCCAGGACAAAUCGCAGCGAUGGUUCCUAUGCCACCUCGGACCUGUUCGAUCCGCACACGUCUAUUCCUAAUGCCUGGCGGUACCACAGUCGAGCGGACGCGCAGAUCACGCUGGUCAACGGGAAGAAGUUUGAUCCAGCACCACUUGAGGGAGCUAUCCUGGCAUCGACAAACCUACUGCAGGACGUGGUCAUCGUCGGCAAUGGCAAGGAGUACACCGGAUUACUUCUUUUUCCCUCUAAAAACGACGUGGCCGACACAGAUCUCAUCGAGGCAGUUUGGCCUACCAUUCAAGAGCUGAACAGAGACACGCAAAGCUAUGCACGCAUCGUAAAGACGAUGCUGGUGCCAGUGCGUCUUGCCGACGGACGACCGCUGGACAAAAGCAGCAAGGGGACGAUUCUGCGACGGCAGGUCGAGGAGCGGUACCGAGAUGCCAUUGAGUCGGCAUAUCAAAGCAAGGAGAAAGAGUCCCUGCCGCAGGAGGCGUCGGAUACCGAACUUCUGCAAUCUGUGUUGGGCUGCUUUUCCCGGAUCUUGGGACGCAGCCUCGAUCCAGACGUGGACUUGUAUCAGCAGGGCGUCGACUCCAUCGCUGCCAUCCAAAUUCGCAAGUCAAUCGAGUCACUUUGCUUACCGCAGGCACACCAGAAUCUCCCCAUCAAUGUUCUGUACGACCUCGGCACCAUCAACGCUGUGGUGGCGUAUCUGCAGAAACUGCGGCGCGGGAUGCAUGCCUAUGACACAGAUGGAGACGGCGCGCAACAGGAUUUGAUGCGAAAGUUUGUCAACAAAUACGGCGACUUUCACCCUAAAGGCGGGACAUGGCAGAAAAAAGGAGGCGACGUUGUCGUUCUUACGGGCGCCACUGGAUUUCUGGGUGCGUACAUCCUGCAUCUCCUCCGCCACGAGGGCCGGGUGCGCAGAGUGUACUGUCUUGUCCGCGAAGAGACUCCUUCCGCAGCGCACCAACGAGUUACCAUGGCACUCUCGAAUCGCGGCAUGCUAGGUCUGGAUCCAUUUCGCGAACCCCCUGAUGAACAUGAGAAGAUCAUUUGUCUGCCCUGUCGUCUCUCCAACAGCGAAUUGGGUCUUUCAGCAGAAAUCAGACGGAAAAUCACGGAAGAGGCAACCCUGUUUAUCCAUUCCGCCUGGACAGUCAACUUCAACCUGAGACUCUCUUCACUCGAAGACCAGCUAAUGGGGAUGCGUAACCUCAUUGACAUGGCCGCCCAGGCCGGCGCACGCUUCGCCUUUGUCAGCUCCAUUGCCGCAGUGGCUUGUUCGCAGUCGACCAGCGUUCAGGAGAAGCUCUCGCAAGAUCCUUCGGAUUCCUCCCCAUUGGGCUACUCGCGGUCGAAGUGGGUGGCAGAACACAUUUGUGCGGCGGCCCACGACGCAUUGGCGACCAAAACCGGCAAAGAUUUCAUGUUGCCGCCCAUUUCAGUCAUCCGUGCCGGCCAGCUCUGUAGCAACGAGGCUGGCAUAUGGAAUGCCAGCGAGGCUUACCCGCUGAUGCUGUCGACUGCCAAACUGACGGGUUGCUUGCCGGAUCUUCCGGGCCAAGGGCUGAAUUGGCUGCCAGUAGAUAUGGCAGCUCAAGCAGUGCUUGACAUUGCUUUGUCUCGUCGUGGUCCGGGAGAUGCAAGCGAAGCGGGCAGCGAAGGGCCACCUGUGUAUCACGUUUUGAAUCCACACAAGACACCGACAUGGAAUCAGAUGCUGCAUUGGAUUCUAGAGGACGCUGGAGCGGACCAGUUUGCGAUCGUCUCGCCUUCUGAAUGGGUUGAACGGCUGGAAACCGCGAACCGAGGAGAAGCAAGCCAUCCCUCGCAUGCACUUCUGGGGCUGUGGAAAGAGAGCUUUGUCAAAAGCGGACACACUGAGUCGAAACUCAGGACGAGGUCAUCUGCACCUAACUUCGACAUGGACCUAACGAGACAGGUUUCUGAUACGAUUCGUCAAGUACAACCGCUCGAUCGCCGGAGAGUAGUCAAGAUGUGGAAAUGGAUCAACCAGGCCAUCGUGGCUUUCAUCUGCCACUUCCGCAUCGCAUGGCCAGGGCCUGCCAUGUGGUAUGUGCCACCAUUUAGUUUGCACGAAGGAUACUUUGAGCACGAUUUGACCAAAAGCUGCAUUCUGCAACGGAGGCCAACGAGUGGAUCGGAGUCUACCUCGUCUACACGGAAACUGGAAAUUCUGCCUCGGUCUACCUUAGCCAAGAAGCCUGGCGCGGAUGUGUGGUUCUGGAGCGCGCAUCUGAAUCUGCUUAGCAGCUGCAAGGUUUUCGGGGUGUGA